AUGUGCCGGCAAAAUUCUCCGGUGCAUAAUUCCGCUGAAGAAGCAAUUGCAGCUGAUGAGAGUCUUUUGAUUUAUUGCAAGCCUGUUGAAUACUACAAUAUUAUCUACCGUCGUUUUCUUCACAAUCCUAGUUUUAGGAAGAAAUGUUUGAGUUAUAAAAUCAAAGCAAGGCGAAAUAGGAGGUUGCGAGCAGGAAUUGUGAUUUUCAACUAUAGGGACUGUUACAACAUGCUUCGAAAGACUGAAGUGACUGAAGAUUUUUCUUGUCCAUUUUGCUUAAUGCAGUGUGCGAGCUCUAAGGGCUUGCGUUUACAUCUUUGUGCAUCACAUGAUCUGUUCAACUUUGAGUUUUGGGUUACCGAUGAUUACCAAGCAGUGAACGUCUCUGUGAAAAUUGACAUAUUGAGAUCCGAGAAUGUUGCUGAUGGAGUAACUCCACAAUCAGAAACAUUCUUCUUCUGUUCAAGACCUCUAAAACGCCGCAGAGAAAAAGACUCUGUUCAAAAUGGGAAGCACGCCAAUGUAAAGUUCCUGAAGUUGGAUUCACCAGAAGGCACACAGAACGGGAUACCACAGAAAAACAAUGAUAUCCUGUCCCACAACGGGGAGAAUAUGUCUAGAGCAUCUCACACUGAUUUGCAAAAUGAAGGAAAUGGCGGGGUAAAGUUUGGUCCUGAUCAUCCUAGCACCACGGAUCACCUGGAACAUGUUGAUUCUAGUGUUAACAUUACAGGUGUUUCAAUUGCCAUGCCCCAAUCUUCUGAGGACCCUGAAUGUGGCAAAUCAAUACAUAGAAGUGAUCCUGCUUUGCCUACUAAAGCAAAGAAAUUAAAUGCGGACCGCUCAGACUCAAAGAAUCGAAUCCUCCUGCAGAAGAGGCAGUUCUUUCACUCACAUAGAGUUCAGCCCAUGGCACCAGAACAAGUGGUAUCAGAUCGUGAUAGUGAAGAUGAAGUGGAUGAUGCAGUUGCUAACCUGGAAGAUAGAAGGAUGCUUGAUGAUUUUGUGGAUGUUUCCAAAGAUGAAAAGGAGUUCAUGAAUCUCUGGAACUCUUUUAUGAAGAAACAAAGGGUACUGGCUGAUGGUCAUAUGCCGUGGGCUUGUGAGGCAUUUUCGAAGCAUUAUGCAGAAGAGCUGAUCUCAUCCCGAGCUUUACAUUGGUGUUGGACAUUAUUCAUGAUCAAACUUUGGAAUCAUGGUCUUCUUGAUGCCUGCACAAUGAACAACUGCAGUUCAUUAUUAGAGCGCUUCAAAAACGGGGGAUCGGAUACCGUCACAAAUUGA